CACCCAUUUCAUCCAUAACACAUUCGCGAUUGCGCUUGCUCGUCAGCCUCCGUAUCCGUAAGGGCUUUAGAGUCCAGUGAUUAGCAUCGAUCUCGCCUUCGCCUCCGAAACUCUUUGGCCAUUUGCGUUCACAGCAAACGAGCUCGCAUCCAGAAGCAACCCCUCCAGAAUGGCAUCCGGAGUGAAAGUCAACCCCAAGUGCUUGGAAGAGUUCCAAGCGCUGAAGCUGGGACACAAGACCAAGUACAUCAUCUAUGGUUUGAGCGAGGACAAGACCGAAAUUGUUGUGCUCAAGACCAGCACCUCGGACAAGUAUGAGGAAUUCCUGAAGGAGCUCCCCGCUGAUGACUGCCUCUGGGCCGUCUACGACUUCGAGUUCAGCAAGGGCGAUGAUGGAAAGCGCAGUAAGAUCGUCUUUAUUGCCUGGUCUCCCGACGAUGCCAGGAUCAAGUCAAAGAUGCUUGCCGCAUCCUCAAAAGAACCUCUGCGCAGAUCUCUCGUUGGUGUAGCUGUCGAAGUCCAGGGUACCGAUCUGGACGAGAUCACUUACGAUGCCGUCCUGGAGAAGUGCUCUCGAGGCUACUAAGCGCCAAGCAACAGUACCUACUACCUGCCUGUCACCCUCCCUCAACCUCGACAUGCUUCAACGAUCUCUUCACGCCCGAGGUAGCUAGAGCAUUUGCAGUUGCAACGAGCGUGGCAUCUUGCCCAAGUGAUGAAGAAGCUUGGGACAGAUUUCGGAUGCAAUGAAUCACAUCAGGAUGUUCAGCGUACUGUGCUGCGCCC